UCUUUUCGUUAGAAAGCUUACCUCAUCUUGGCAUCCUCUAUAUAACAUUGGAAACUUGGCCUUCUUUUCCUCCAUGUAAGCUUCGCCAAGCCACCCUACCGCUGAGAGCUUUUCCUGGAUUGGUACGUAAAUGGAGGUAAGGAGGGGGCCUUGGACUCUCGAGGAGGACACACUCCUCACGCACUACAUUGCUUGCCAUGGCGAAGGUCGUUGGAAUCUCCUCGCCAGGUGCUCCGGCUUGAAGAGAACCGGCAAGAGUUGUCGGCUGAGGUGGUUGAAUUACCUGAAGCCCGAUAUAAAGCGAGGUAAUCUCUCCCAGGAAGAGCAGCUCCUAAUCCUCGAACUCCACUCCAAGUGGGGGAAUAGGUGGUCGAGAAUUGCGCAACAUCUACCGGGUAGAACAGACAACGAGAUCAAGAACUACUGGAGGACUCGAGUGCAGAAGCAGGCGAGGCAGAUGAAGGUUGAUGCCAACAGUACCAUGUUCCGGGAUGCCCUCCGGUGCCACUGGACGCCAAGGUUGCUUGAGAAGAUAGGCUCUUCUCAGACCAUGCAAAACCCCGUUGCCAACACCAACGCUCCAACAACCGAUCAAGCUCAGUUAACAUCCUGCUCCACCGUGCUUCCUCAAGUUCCAGUUGCUAUGUCCGAUCCCAACAGCGUCACCUUGGAUCAAUUCUCCAGUAUCAUUAGCUCCAUGAACAAUGCUUAUGAUCUAGACGCCUGGGGCCUAACACCCAUGCCGGCAUCAGAUCAUCACACUGUGGCUAACAAUGAUUGUAGCAGCGAUGUUGGGGAUGACUUGUGGUGCGUGGAUGAAUUGCAUGACAUGUUCAAAAGCUACUUGAGUGGAGCAGAAACCGAGUUCCCUUUUUGCUAAUAUCUUUUAGGUAAAAGUGAACCCUGUACCGAUGGGAGCUUG